UAAGUAUACGUAUAUACAUAUAUAUCGAGACAAUAGAAGGUAUUAGUCCUAGACUCUUUGGAACUCGUGCGUUACGCUAGUGUCGAAUAUCUAUAUAUCGUUAGCAGGUCUUGACUGGUCAAUUUUUCUUACAUGCAGUCAGUUCUUUGUUUCUAAGAGUCACUUGUGCGUGCAGCGUCUUUCAGUGUACAUCUUCGGUCUUUCUCUGAACUAUUGUGUAUUAAUUUUAAUUUUAUUAGUAAAAAUGUCAGAUGAUGUGAAAGAAUAUGCAGUAGUUGAGUUCGAGGAAUGGAUUAAUGAUAAAAAAGCGGUAGAAGUAGUUCCGAUUGGUUGGCUGACCGAGGACGAAACUGUGUGUUACUGGCCGCCAAAAAAUCAAGAAGAAAAUGUGCAAAAAUGGAUUGAGAUGAAAUACGCACCAGGUAAAACGUGGAUAAAGUAUCCUGUCAACGUCAUUAGCAAAGCUAGAAUCAAUAAUUACAACGAUCUCGCAAAAUAUCUGCAACGUGUUAUUCGUACUGAAAUGUACAGCGUAAAAAAAAACCUUAAUUACCAUAUCGGACAAAAAUUUCAGAAAGUUUUGGAAGUUGUUCAAUACUCAGCUGAUCCACCAGGAAAGCAUCAAGCGUGGAAGAACAUCGGCGAAGAUUUGCCUUUCGAUGAUGUUGAAAAAUUUAUAACCUUCGAUGAAUCAUUGAAAAACAAUGAGGAGAAAAAAAAAGCACUGAUUGAUAUCUUUCAAAUGGUCUCGGCCGGAUGCAACAAAUGCGAAGAUGAUGUCUAUAAGAUAAUGUGGAAAAUCAUCAAAAAAGAAGUACAAUUGCAGUACAGCGGGGCUGGUAAAUUAAUUAAAAGUCUCAGAAAAAAAAGUUUCAAAGAAACUGAGACUUUCAAUGCUUUGGAAAGAUUCUUGACGGCUAAAUAUCAUGCCUCUAAAGAAAAACCAAAAGUACUGACUGCGGUAAGUACUUUUUUAUCAGGGACAAAAGACAGAGACGGUGGUCGAUCUCAGCGAAAUAAAAAUAUACAAAUUUCGGAAGAAUUAAACGACGAUAAAUAAAACAUAAAAAUACAGAUCAUUACAAUUUAAAAAAUAAUAUAUAUUCAUGAUUAUUUUGCUUUAGUCUUCUAAUA